UAAGCAGCGGGGCCAGUCCCAGCCCACACACAGACCCCCAACGUGUGGCUGCCCAUUUCAACCACAGCUCUGGCCUCAUCCCCAUCUUCAGCCACCGCCAUGGCUCAGAUGCUGGCUCUGAGGCUCCUUGUCCUGGUCCUGGCCCUCUGCAUCACCCAGACACAAGGCAGUGACGGUGGGGCCCAGGACUGCUGCCUCAAGUACAGCCAAAAGAAGAUUCCCUACAAGGUCGUCCGCAGCUACCGGAAGCAAGAACUGAGCUUAGGCUGCCCCAUGCCAGCUAUCCUGUUCCUGCCCAAGAAGCGCUCCCAGCCCGAGCUCUGUGCAGACCCCAAGGAAGCCUGGGUGCAGCAGCUGAUGAAGCGUCUGGACAACCCGCCAGUCCAGGGCUGCAGGAAGGACAGAGGGAACCCUAAGGCUGGGAAAAGGGGAAAGGGCUCCAAAGGCUGCAAGAGGACUGAGAAAACACAAGGGCCGUAGCUCAGCGACCAGCCGGGAGCCCAGCCUCAGCAGAGCCUGAAGCCCCAACCCAAGGGCAAGAAGAAGGUUGGAAGAGAAGAAGGAUUCAGGGGCCCCAGAGCAGCCACCCCAGGGUGGCCUUGUCACACCCCUUCUCCUGCUGCCACCGUCCCUCUGCAUUCCCUUCCCUACCUUGCAUGGCUUGUGAGCUUCCCACACAGAGCCAGGCCCAGAGAGGCAGAGGAAAAAGAGUCUCCCCGGCUGUGUGAGAGGCGACAGCAGGACUGUACCCUCUGGUCAGUCACCCAGGGCCCAAGACCGGACGCUGUUCCCACUGCACCCACCUGUUCCUUAUAAAUGUGAUUUAUACCUAAAUAAAAAUCGGUGCCAGCCUUCCACCCAAA